AUGAUGGAACCCUUCAGCCCCGACGACAUUUCACGGCAAGACACGCUCACCUCGUCGUCGUCGGCCUACCAGGCCGAAGUCCAGCGCAAGAAGCUCCUGGACCAGUCUGACGCCGUGAUGCUGCUUUUCAACCCUUGGUCGAAAGAGUCGUUCGAGUGGGUCAACGGGAACGUCGUGGCGGACAUCAUCAACACUGGCCGCAAGGAGAAGCUCAAGUCCGACAUAGUCGGCAUCCUCGACGGUCUGGUCGCUGCUAUCCCGGGGAUCCAGCGCUCCAAGUCAACACGGUCGGCAAGGUCGACAAAACUGUACCAGAAGGAGCUGUCUCGCACGCCGAGCUUCUCAGGGGACGCAAAGAGCGGCGUGUCUCUGUUCAGCGGCUUGGACGAGAAAAGGGGGCGCGGGAACGACUAUGACGACUACGACGGGGAGCUCAAACGGAUCAGCAUCGUCGUGGAAGGUUCGGCGCUGAAAAGAGCCGAGUUCAUGAUCCACGAGCGAGACUUGCCCCCUCCACCGGAGCCGAGCCCAGCACCACCGAGGCCGCUUGUAAUAUCAGGCCCGAUGUCAUUAACCGACAAGAAGCUCCCCACAAUCAGAGAGGUGGACAGCAACAUGAGUUUGAGACGCCACGCCUCGAUGAUGGACAAGCACAAGAGCGCGUCGGCCAUCAGGCGGCGCGACAGUGCCAUUAGCUUCCGGACGACCUCCAGCGCGUACAGCCAGGCUUCGUCGACCGUCGUCGAGGCCUUGCAUGGUCCAUCGAUGCGGGAAUCAAACCCGUUCACCCUGGAGGACCUCGUUGACGCCCACAUGUAUCCGAACCACCCGGAGGAGCUGCCUGAGCAACCGCCUGAGCGGCGGGUCACCCUGCCGCCGCUGCCGCCGGCCGAGGAGCUCGAGAUCCCCGUCCUGGUGGUCGCCUCCAUGACGGACCGCCUCAAGGGGAACGGGGGCAUGCUGCCGCGGAUGGUGUCCGCGUCGCAGGGCCAGGAGCUGGCGCGCAAGUUCGGCUCCAACUCGGCGUACAUCGAGGUGUCGGCCAAGUCCAACGCCAACGUCGACGAGGCGUUCGGGAUCCUCGUGGACCAGGUCAUGAGCAAGCGGGCGUCGCGGCAGAAGGACCAGAAGCCGAGCGGCAAGGUCAAGGACGUCGUCAUCCUCGACGAGGAGGACGAGAUGGACAAGGACGAGAACGACAGGAGCCUGCCGGCCAGGGCGGUGCUCACCAAGGUGCCGCGGCAAAAGUCGCGGUCUUGCAUGCCGGCGUGGUGGGAUAACUUCUUUGGGUCUGUCUUCUCCUGGGGGCCGCCGGACUCGGAGGUAUCUGCGAUUACCUUUGAGGACAUCGGCGCCCGUCCGGAAAGGGAGGAGACCAGAGAGGAUGUUUGGGGCGAGACCGUGGUCGUGAAGAAUCAUGAUAACAAGACCUCGUGGUAUGCCAUGCGGAAGUCUCGGGAGGUUGACCCACGACAAUCUGUCUCGACUGUAUCGACAGAUGGGGGCUAUACAAUCAACGGGUUUUCCAUCAUCACGCCGUCCAGGAUUCAGAGGGAGAAGAAACGCGCACUGGUCGAGAACCCCUUCAACGCCGAGGAUCUCAGCCUGCCACCCAAGUUGCCUGCACCCCCUCCGGUUUAUCUGCCCGAGGAUGCCGAGAAGCACCCACGGUCCGACGAGGCUCUCAUGGACAGGCUCGACCGGAAGCUGUCAAAGAAGAACAGGCCUGACAGCAUGACGCUGGGACAGGCGCCCUCGAAAGCGGCCCACGCAGACCCGUCUGACGAGACGCCACGGCGAAACGAGGCCAUCCUGGACAAGGUGACGCGCAAGGCCGGCCUGAACGGCGGGCCCCUCGCCCUCGCCGUCGACGAGAAACCCCAGCCAGCGCUCCCGGUCUCAGAGGACAACCGGCCCCUGAGCGUCGACAGCUCGAUCGCGCGCACCCUGGCGCGGAACAAGUCCAGCAAGAAACAAAAGGGAGACCGCAGCCAGCCCGUCUACCUGACAAACUACUACACCGAGGACAUCGCCAGGAGCAGGGCGGGCAAGCCCCUCAUCCUCCCACUCCCAGGGACCACCAAGACCCCCACCACCACCAAGGCCCUCGACCUGGACGACGGCUCCUCGUCGAUAAUCACGACGUCGACGGCCGCGGGCGGCGGCAGGCGCCGCCAGCACACGAGCCUGAUCAGCGAGCUCCCGCCGACCAUCCCGCCGCUGCGCUUCGACGCGGUCCGCUUCCUCGACGGCAGCGGCGCCGGGGGCGGGGGCGGCGACGAGCGCCGCUUCACCGUCAUGAUCCGCCUCGCGGAGCAGGAGCUCGAGCAGCAGCGCGCCCGCGUGUACAAGCUCGUCAGCGACGACGCGGCGGCCGCCGCGCCCGUGACGCGCAGCCACUCGGUCGGCGCCGGCGCCGGCUCCGGCAGGCGCGCCAGCAGCUCGCAGCGGCCGCGGGGCGUGGGCACCAACGCCGUCGGGCCCGUCAGGGCCACGGCCACGGCGAACCCCCCUGCGGUGCGCGGGGCCAGCUCUGGCAGCGGUGGCGGGCCUUAUGAUGCUGUCGUUGUGAGGCAGCCGCCGCCGCCGCCGCCGCAGAAGCAGAAGCAGGAGGCGGAUGAGGCGGGGACGAGACAGCAGCAACAACAACAACAGCAAGUAACCAUUGUACAUGUGGGCCACCCUGGCUCGAGGGCCAACGCCGUGAGGAACAGGCCCGCCGGCCCCAUGGCGCAGGCCUACGGCCCGGGCCAGGGCCAGGCUCUGGUCAGGAUGCCGCUCCCCCCUCCCCGCAGGGCUGCCACGCUGAGGGCCGUGCCGCCGCCCACGCCGCCGUCGCGCCCGAGGACGAGGCCCAACUCUGAGAGGCGGCCUGCUGGGAGGCCGACGCCUGUUUGGAUAUAGGCUUGGGCUGUCUGGGGCUAGGCUGUCGAGUCGAUCAUAAUUAAUGUGUGAACUGAGGCCUUUGGAGAUUCAAUGGGGGGUUGCUGAUUUCCUAAUCCAGAGCGGGUGUUUAAAUAGCCUGGGUGAGUCUGGCUUGCAAGGGUAAAAAAAAAAAGAGAAUGGCGGGGUGGUCCUUUUGUUUUAUAAAUACCUUGCUGGAGGCUCCCUGUAAUUCUCUCAUGUUUUGAUGUGAGUACUUGUACUUAAUAAUUCCUAUUUACAUAUAUUGAGGACCUG